AGAUCUGUUUACUCUUUUCUUGCAGGUGAAAACUAUACGGUGUUUGUUCCAACCGAUCACGCUUUCCACCGAUGGCAUCCUAUCGAUUGGGGAUUUUACCCCUUUAGCGUGCCCGAGUUUACUGAAAGUGUUAUAAUUAAUCAUUUUGUCAAGGGAAACUAUCUACAGGAUGACGUUAAGGAUAAUCAAAUUGUUACGACAUUGGGAGGGCGACAAAUCGUUUUUCGCAAAAUACCUUUUUUAAUGGUAAAUGGAGUUCAAGUCGUGAAAGGGGAUACACCUGUUGCGAACGGAAACAUUAUGUUCACGGGAGAAGUUUUAUUCGUGAAUGAGUCGGUUGUAUCGCGUUUACAUCAGCAACACAGAGACAAAGAGACGCCGCCACUUCUAGCAUUUCCAUGGUUUGGGGCGCAAUUUCUGUCGCACGCCUUCCUAGCGUUGGAGAGGGAUAGGAGAUUUUCGCACAUUACACGGUUUUUAAAUUUGGCGGAUUUAGCUCCCCACGUUUCCGGAACAGGUUACACGUUCUUCGUGCCCGUAGAUACGGCGUUUGAGGCAAUCGGACUGGAUAAGAUGCCCGACAAUUACUUAUCAAAUGGAAACGGCUUGCAAGUUCUAUUAAACCACUUCGUCAAAGGAAGACUAUAUGACAGAGAUUUAAAGGACGGAACGGAGUUGCUGUCGUUGGGGAAUAGCACAAUCAAAAUCGCCCGAAAAAAAGAAAGGGUCGAUGUCAACGACGCAGUUAUAGUUGAAAGUGAAGUGUUUGUAUACAAUUUAGGGACCAUGUUUUACAUUGACAAAGUUUUGUUUUCCAAAAGAGAUUUUUUACCCACAAGUACUAUAGCCAACGACAUAAUACCGACACAGCGUCGAAAAGUACCAAGCAUCGUUGAGAAGGUUCCCGACGAGUUGCUGGAAGAGAUGGGCUUGGAACCAGAUCUGCUAACCGAAAACGACGCAACAACGUCCACAACAGUUUGGAGCACACCAAACGUGACCAGCAGUUCAAAUGCCACGAUAAAAUAAUGUUCAUCCAA